AUGCGGGGCGACGAGACGGAUUCUGAAUCUGGAAAGUCUGACGAUAGCUGUAUUCGCAGAACGCUUGACGCGCUUUGUCAGGAGCUGAAUAUGGACGAAGAGACGGCAAACGAGGCGAUGCAAAACUUCACUACUAUUUGGAACACAUACACUCUCGAGGGUGACAUGGUUCACUGGCUUGCCUGCUCUCUGUAUGCGGCCUGUCGGAAGAGCUCCACUCCCACUGUGGGACUGGGGGUGUUGGAGGGCAACUGUGUGUCCCUCACUAGGAUCCUGCGGACCUCCAAACUCAGCUUGAUUCAGUUCUUCAGUAAAAUGAAGAAAUGGGCAGAUAUGUCAAACCUGUCCCAGGACUUCCGGAACCGCGUCGGCCGCCUGGAGAGGAAUUUUGAGGUGUCAACCGUCAUCUUUCGGAAGUUUGAGCCAAUAUUCAUGGACGUGUUCCAGGACCCUCAGAGUGAACCUCCACGCCAGCCCAGGAGCAGAAAACACAGGCGUCUCCCUUGCCACAUUAGUGAUGUGUUUAAGUUCUGCUGGACGCUGUUUGUGUACACUAAAGGGAAUUUCCGGAUGAUCGGAGAUGACCUGGUGAAUUCGUACCAUCUCCUGCUCUGCUGCCUGGACCUUGUCUUUGGGAAUGCUCUGCUCUGCUCUAACAAGAAAGACCUCAUCAAUCCCAGCUUCAAAGGUCUGCCUAAAGAGUUUCUCCGCCCGGAUGCUGAGGUUCCAGAUGAGCCGCCCUGUGUGAUUGACAAGCUGUGUGAACUGCAUGAUGGUCUAGUGGUGGAGGCCAAAGGGAUUAAAGAACAUUACUUCAAACCUUACAUAAGACGACUGUUUGAGAAGAGGAUCCUGAAGGGCAAUGAGGAGACACUCUCUGAGCUCUUGGACACCCCCAACUUUCAAGACAACAAUAAAGCCAUAAAUCGGGAGUAUGAGGAGUAUGUCCUGACAGUGGGCGAUUUUGACGAGCGGGUUUUUCUGGGAGCCGACGCGGACGAAGAGAUCGGCACGCCACGCAAGGCGGCCGCUGAACCUCCCUCCACGCCCCUCUCCGCCCGCAUGCAGGUGGAGUCCAACCUGCAGCAGCACUUUGAGAAGACGCGUUCACUAGCGCCCUCUACCCCUCUGACUGGGCGGCGUUACCUGAAGGAGAAGGAUGUGUUGGUGACGCCGGUCUCCUCAGCGACACAGAGUGUGAGUCGUCUGCAGAGCAUGGUGUCAGGACUGAAGAACGCACCCAGUGACACUCUGCUCCACAUCUUCAGUUCUUGUUCCCGGAACCCGACUGAGUCCAUUCUGGGCCGUGUGAAGACCCUGGGGGAGAAGUUUAAACAGAGCUACACUAAAACCUGGCAGGACAUGCCAGGAGCACACAUAGAUUUUGCGGAGAACCGGCUGAAGCUGGCAGAAAUCCUGUACUAUAAAGUUCUGGAGAAUGUGAUGACCCAGGAGAUGAAGCGACUACAGGGCAAAGACAUGGCUGUGUUGCUGGAGCAGGAGAUCUUCCACUGUUCAUUACUGGCCUGUUGUCUGGAGGUGGUUCUGUUUGCCUACAGUUCCCAGAGAACCUUUCCUUGGAUCAUAGAGGUCUUUAAUCUCCGCCCCUUCUACUUCUACAAGGUGAUAGAGGUGUUUAUUCGUUCAGAGGAAAGCCUGUCCAGAGACAUGGUGAAACAUUUGAACAGUAUAGAGGAGCAGGUGCUGGAGAGCAGGGCAUGGAGUGGAGACUCUGUACUGUGGGAGGUUCUGCACAACGCCAACAACAAAGUCCCAACUGUGGAGGAGGUAAAUUUCCCCAGUAGUUUUGAUCUGAGUGGUAACAACAGUAGCAGCAGUCCUGCCCACCUGCCCCUGGUUGCCCUGUCUCCCAUCAUCCACCCGCGCAUCCGAGAGGUCCGCACGGGGCUGGGCGGCAGCGCUCGCAAAGAUCUCCCUCCGUCACCCAUCUCCCUGCAUGAUCGCUACAGCUCUCCAGCAGCAGGCAGUGCAAAAAGGCGCCUGUUUGGGGAUGACAACCCAGCCCAGUCCCCGGUUAAGAAGCUCUCCAUUACUCCCAUCAAAAUCAUCCCCACCUCCAGUAACGGUGGCCUGGCCUCUCCAGCCAGCACCUUGCUCUCCAUGUCUGCAGCCAACGGCCAGCAGCUCAACAAACUCCAGAUCGUCCCCCUGCCAAUUAUGAAAGGUGAAGGAGGUGGAAUAACGGUUAUUCAGGUCCAGGCCGAGGAAUUCAAUCCCAUCUCAGCCCAGGUUCUCCUCACUGCUUCACCGGGCCGGGCCAGCGUCACGGCCGUAGGUCCAGACACACACACCAUCAGCAGACCCAGACGCACGGGCUCACUCGCGCUCUUCUUCAGGAAGGUGUACCACCUGGCCAGUGUGCGUCUGAGGGACCUGUGUGUGAAACUAGACAUCUCGGCUGAGCUUAGAGGGAAGAUAUGGACGUGUUUUGAGCACUCUAUCGUUCACUGCACCGAGCUGAUGAAAGACAGACACCUGGACCAGCUCCUGCUCUGUGCCAUCUACAUCAUAUCUAAAGUCACAAAAGAGGAACACUCAUUCCAAGACAUCAUGAAGUGUUACCGUAGCCAGCCACAGGCCAGCAGUCAUGUGUACCGCAGUGUUCUUCUUAGGAGGGGUUCCAGAGAGCAGUCGACAGAUGAGAAUAUGGAAGUGGAUCCACCAGCAGAAGAGCGUGAGUCCAAUGAGAGAGCACAGCAGCACUACGGUACAGAGGCUGGCGAAUCAGAGGAGGAGCGGGGUGACCUCAUCCAGUUCUAUAACUCUGUGUAUGUUCUGAGGAUGAAGGGCUUUGCCGUGAGAUAUGCCACGCCCAACGGAGACAACAGGAUGGAGGUCCCCCCGUCGUCACCCUUUCCGUCAGUGCGGGCUCAGCCUCUGUCCCCUCGUCGGGUAUCCCAGAGACACUCCAUCUUCGUGUCCCCCCAUAAGAACGGCGCCUGUCUCACCCCAACCUCUGCCUACACCUACAAGUUCACUGGCAGCCCCUCCAAGGAGUUGAGUGACAUUAAUAAAAUGAUUCGUCAGGGUGGGGUGAGUAAGAAGAGAGCCUUCACUAUGGAGGGAGACGAGACUGAGUCUCCCACCAAACGCCUGUGUCAGGAGAGUGAGGACGUGCUCCUGAAACGCCUGCAGGACGUGGUCAGCGAGAGAGCUCACCACUGACCAAUCAGACAGAGGAACACACUAUUUCUGACCAAUGGCAGAGCUCCUCCGUAGAGUCACACACCUGCUGUGACCAGUCAGAGUGUGAAGUCAAGCCUCGGACGCAGGAUCGGCCUGGCCAACAGUUGUCUCCCCUGGCUGUGCAUUCAUCAAAACUUGAUCCGGUUUCUGACUCAGCUUAUCCCAGCCAAAGACGCUUAGUGUAUGUUUCUAUUACAACUGCUCAGAUACUGCCCAUGUCUGUCACCAGGACCAGGUGGUCAUGAUACAGCUGUAUUACAGGCACACUGUGUGUGUGUGUGUGUGUAUGUGAGUACAGAUAAACUUUUCCUUUAGACUGCAGCUAUUUUAGAGAGAAAACAGUUCACACAGGCUCUUUACUGAUUUCCUAGACAUGUUGUAAUGAUUAUUUUGUGCAUUAUAAAAUGUGUAAUGCAGUCGUAAAUUGAACUCAACUCUAUACCAGUGGUCGCCACUCUAUUUAUCAACUGCUAUUGGCAACUAACUAGCUGAUUGAUUUGAUGACGUGACUUCUGAACAGUUACAGGGGGCAUUGUCAACAUAAGCAAUACAAAAAUUUAGAAACCUCUAAAGCAGGAGAUGACUGUUAGGUUCAGUCUGGGGACCAGUUGAAGGAAGUGGUUUGGACAGUUUUGUGUUGGAUUCAGUGUGGGAACCAGUUAACAGAGAUGGUUCUGACUGUUUUGUUUUGGAAACCUGGGUUAAGUGAGUAGAGGCUUUUCUGUGGGGUCAUGUUUGUUACCUGAACCUGCCUAAAGUUGAAGUUGUGUUGUGUGCUGCUGGUGGUGGUGGCAGCUUUAUGUUCAGUUGUGUAGUAUCUACACUGCUUUAUUUCUUCCCGUGCUGAAAAUGAUGUGUGUCGCUUUAAGCAUCAUGUUUUAUUUCCCACUUUUCUUUGAACUGUACUCUUUCAUGUGCCUUCUCCACUGAGCUGGAGAUUGCUGUUUGUUCUGUUUUAAUGUGUACUGUUCCUACUACAGUAUUUAACCAAAUUCUCUCUCCUCAGACAGAAGGGUAUGACCAGUUCUCUGCCUGUUAACCUCAGGGGGUUGUCUGUCUGAAAGAAACCAUAUAAAAUUCAGUGAGGAACUCUGAAGUGUGAAUACUGAAGAAAUUUUGCUUGUCAAAAUUAGUUUUCUUUAAGUCCUCUCAUU